AUGGACGCAGCGACAGAUCCAAACCCGCCGCCUUCGACCGAGCAAGCUGCAGCCCCUUUCUCUGCCGAUUACUGGAAUGGCAUGAACUCGAUCUACCCUCCCACUCAAUCCCAUGAUCAGCCCUUUGGGAUUGGGUGGGAUCACCCUGUUUUCCAGCAACACACCCCCCACCCGCAACCCCAGUCGCAAACUCCCGACCUGUAUGCCCAUCCUCAGCAGGGAUGGCAUCAAGCCGCCGUUGCACAUUCCGUGGUUCCGGAACCACAGCAGAACUACGAUAUUUCGAAUCAAUAUCGAAUAGACUCCUUCCAGCAACAGCAACAGCUGCCACAGCACCACCAAUCCUCCACUGCUUCCUACGACUCCCCGCAGCCAAACGCCCCCUAUCCGACCUACUCUUUCGUCGAGGCUCCUACCUACUAUCAAAACCCUCUUACGGCCCAUAAUAAUUACUCUACACAACCUCAGGUCGACCUGCAGAGGUCCAGGCUUCAGAAUGUCCCCGAAAGCUCCUUGGAAUCCCAUCCAACAACCUAUGCUACCCCUUCCGCGCUCCGGCCCAAUAUUCAGGCGAGGCCUGUUUCGUUUGCGACGGCCUAUUCAUCGCAUUCCCCUAGCUAUCACAAUACCAUUGAUCCCCAGUUCCUUACCGCCACUCGCCACUCGAUCCUCCAACCGGAACAAGCGCAGGGAAACGUGUUCGUCGUCAAUCCAGCAGAUCUUGAGCGUUCUAAUGCCGCUCGAACCCCUCAAGUCGCAAAUGGCGAGUUUGCAAAACCCACUGUCCCACCGGGCCAGAACAUGAAUUUUAUCCAAACCAAGCUGACAAAUUCUGGGAUUCCGGCGAUUUCCAGAAUCGAAAAACCCAUUCAACCACGGAAGAAGAAAGAAACUUUACUCAAGGCCAAAACUACCGCAAGAAGAGAGCCGGCCAAACAUCUCAAACAGAAGUCAGAUAGCGAGACUUCCGAAUCAGAGGUUGAAGAACCUCCGGAACCCUCACCGCUUCCUGCGUCUCGACCUAUGGAUCUAGACGGCAGUACGAAGUACGACGCAUUGAAGAUUGUUUGGUUCCCGCGGAAUCGACAGCCUUCAGCCCCCGCAGUAAGGAAUGCAAUGGUUCUGUUCUCAGACAUGGUUAAAGGCAUCCGUGACUCUUGGAAAUCGCGAAGCGAAGCCCUCAAAGCAGCAGAAAAUCAAAACCAAGAGGCUAAGAUUCCGGCAAUUAAAAGGGAAGUGAUUAUGCAGCGCAGACUGUUGGAUAUGAUCAUCAAUACAACUCUUACCCACGGCCAUCCAUCCUAUGUUCGAAGUUUGUCGAUAGAAGUUUGA